AUGUCUGAGAGGAAAUGGAACGGAGAGCAACGAUUGUUGGCAGUACAAAAGCUAGUCUUUUUCAUUGGUCUCAUCGUAAAUGUCAUUCUGAUAGUUUCUCCUGAAACUACUUUCCCUAUCUAUAAUAAUAAGACUGGCCCGCCCCCUGCUGCCAUUCAGCGCAAGAAUUCUACAACAACAAGUGCGAGUAUAUCUCCAUCACCCAUUCCUCCAUCAUCAUCACAACCGAUCGAAAGCGGUAAAAAAUGGGUCACAAUAAUAAUCGUGUGCGGGAAUGGCGAGACUUAUGCCGUGAAAGAAAUGAAGCCUUUACUGACCAGCGCUAUACUUUUGUCUUCGGCGCCUCUGCACUUUGUCUUUGUAACCGAUCAGGGAUCUUCCAACCGAAUCCGAAAGAUCUUCCAGAAUGAACUUGGAUAUUCCAAGAAGCCUAUCAAGGUGGAUACUUGGAUCUUAUCGGAAUCCUCAGUCAAUACAUUUGCUUCCUUGUUGGACUACAAUCCUUUGGAGCAUCACAGCGGUAUUUGGGGAACAUCCAAACUCAUGCUACCAUGGAUUGUCAAAGAUAUGGACAAGGCUAUUAUGAUGGAUUCCGAUAUGCUCUUUCUAGACGACCCAGCGCGUCUAUGGAACGAAUUUGCUAAUGGCCAUAACAGCAGCACCAGCAGCAAUAAUACCACCAAUACCACGGAAUGGAUGUACAAGAUGCCUCUGCAUAACCCAGCCGCUCCAUUUAGCAUAUGCUCCUGCAUUAUGCUUGUCAAGUUGGACCAAAUUCGUCGAUCGAACACUUUUCCUACACUCAUGGAAGAAGCAUUGGCAACUCAGCCUGACUGGAAGGGAGAGGAAAACCAUCUUUACAAUGCACCCAAUGGGGAUCAGGGGUUAUACUGGGCCAUGUUAGCAAAUGAGAACGGCAGCCGCAUCAUUGCUCCGUUGCCAGAACAAUGGAACGCUGAUAGGUGCAACAAUUAUUUUGGGGUCUUGCUGCCAACUUCCGAAAAGGCUGUCUCUGUGCUCCACAACAAUUGUAAGGAACAUCGAAGUUACGGUUCGGCGCACGAUUAUUUCAUCUUCUAUGAGAAAUACCGAUGGCACUGGUUGAAGGGAGAUAGCGGAUCGCAACACUACUACAAAGUGGAUGUGACGGUCCAUCCGAAGGAAACGGAACGAUUACAAAACCUGUUCCAAUGUUUGAAGGAGAAGCGUGACUUCACAUUGUGCAAAUUGUCAUAG